AUGAUAUUUUGGAUGAUCGGGCUUUUCGUGGGGGUAACAAAAGGUGAUGAUAUUGUGGAAUUUGAUGUUUCUGAGACAAGCAUUUUCUCAGCCGCCAUCGAUUGUUCGACGUCCUAUCAAAUUUCGCACCAUAUAAGGUGUAGUUUCCGUUUGACGAACAAUGGUCAGCGCGACUAUUCCGUGUUCAAAUGGCGCACUCCGCUGGACGGACUGAGAUCUGACUGCCUGGCAGUCACCUACAAUGGAACGAAGAUACCCUACGAUGGCAUUUACAUGAAGCGCAGUAUCCCAGGCCCCGAUCAGUUCUUGCUCCUGGCACCUGGACAAACCGUCUCCCCCACGUUUGAUGUUUCCGAAGGAUAUGACAUGACCAAAUCUGGAAAUUACUCUAUAGCAGUGGACACUUUUUUAGAAUACGCUGUAGGUAGUGUUGUUGGUAUGAAUGUAGCUGGCCAGCCGAGUAUCCAGACAAAUAUAGCUUAUUUAUCUUCCCCUGUUGAGGUUUUUUACGUAAUGGAUAACGCCCACACUAAGAUAACUUCGGGGCAAAGGGCACGUAACUUAGAAAAUCGGAAACGAUUUUAUGAAAGAAGCUUUUAUAGCUUUAUGCGAGGACAAAACAACAAUAACAUUGUCAAAGAGGGUAUUGACCAAGCACCUCUUAAUGCAGUGGUGAAGCGUUGUUCUGCAGCUCAAAGAAGAAUCACCAAAGAGGUUCAUUUGGCCACCUACCGUUAUGCAAAAUCCGCCAUUCUUAAGCUUGAAAAUAAGGAAGACCUGGCUAAACUCUGGUUUGGAGAAUCUCAUGUAAGCAGCGCCAUCAAAGUUUUCGAGAAAAUGGUGGAAAUAUUACAAAAGGACACGGUUACAUAUGUUUAUGGUGGAAAAUACUGUGAGCCUGACAUGUUUGCGUACACCUUUCCUGGUACGCGAAAAAUAUUCUUAUGCAAAAAGUACCAAAAGGCUCCGAAGCUUGCCAAGUUUGACAGUAAAAUGGGAAUCCUUACGCACGAGUUAAGCCAUGCUAUAUGCCAUACAAAUGAUAUAGUGUAUGGUCAAUCAGGUUGUAAAAAGCUUGCAAAGAAAGCUUCGCGACGUGCUGUCAAAAAUGCCGAUAAUUACGAAUAUUUGGUAGAGACAUUAUCAGUCACAGCAAAGUCAUAA